AUGGGUUCGUGGCAGCAUGUGCUGCUUUUUGGUGAAGUGUUGCUCCGGCGUUGUGGCGGGGUCACAGCCCCAGUUGGUGGCAGUCGAACGUUGGUUAGUCGGCGCCAGUUAUCUGGUGGUGAGAGUGAGACCCUAAAACAAAGAAGAGCACAAAUGAUGUCAAGAGGACUUCCAAAACAGAAACCAAUAGAAGGUGUUAACCAAGUUAUAGUUGUGGCUUCUGGAAAGGGCGGAGUUGGAAAAUCUACUACAGCAGUGAACCUUGCCCUUGCACUAGCAGCAAAUGAUUCGUCAAAGGCGGUUGGUUUGUUAGACGUUGAUGUGUAUGGCCCUUCAAUUCCAAAGAUGAUGAAUCUGAAAGGGAUUCCAGAAUUAUCACAGAGCAACCUAAUGAAGCCUCUUUUGAAUUAUGGCAUUGCUUGUAUGUCUAUGGGCUUCCUGGUUGAAGAGACGGCACCAGUUGUUUGGAGAGGCCUUAUGGUUAUGUCAGCUAUUGAGAAGCUGUUGCGGCAGGUAGAUUGGGGUCAGCUGGACUAUUUGGUUGUUGAUAUGCCACCAGGAACUGGAGAUGCGCAGUUAUCAGUCUCACAGAAUAUUCCCGUUUCAGGUGCUGUGAUUGUCUCCACGCCCCAGGACAUUGCACUCAUGGAUGCACGCAAGAGUGCUGAGAUGUUUCGGAAAGUCCACGUACCUAUUCUGGGCCUUAUCCAAAACAUGAGUGUUUUCCAGUGUCCACAGUGUAAACACAGAACUCACAUAUUUGGUGCUGAUGGUGCAAGGAAACUAGCACAGAUCCUUGAUCUUGAUGUUUUAGGAGACAUUCCUUUACACCUUAAUAUAAGGGAAACUUCAGAUACAGGACAGCCAAUUGUGUUUUCACAGCCUGAUAGUGAUGAGGCCAAAGCUUACCUGAAGAUUGCUGAAGAAGUGGUGAGAAGACUGCCCCCUCCUGCAGAAUGAAUCUUCAAGUGUCCUGGAAAUUUGUCUGGAACUUGACAAGAUGACCUGUGGAUAUUAGCAGGGCGAUGGUGGACUCUAUAGAGAUGGUAGCAAUCAGAGUUGUUUUCUUGUAUGCUAAGGAAAUAAUGUCUUAUCUUCAGGCUUGAUUUGCUAA